AUGGCGACCUCAUUGCCGGCGAAUCCGACCCCUCAGACGGUCAUGAGCUUGAUGUCCAAGAUCAAGGAUCCAGACCCGGAUUUCCGCUUCAUGGCUCUGAACGACCUUCUUACUCUUUUCACUACUUCCAAGAUCGACUUCCUAAGCCAUGACUUCAACAUGUCCAGACGGACUGCCGACCACGUGGUGGAGGCUUUGGACGACCAGAAUGGCGAAGUCCAGAACCAGGCAAUCAAAUGCAUUGGCCCCAUGGUUAAGAAGAUCAACCCCCAAAUAGUGGGGGCUUUGAUCGAGAAAAUCUGCAGCCUGAAGCUUCAGAACUCGGUCGACAACUCCGUGCAAGCCCUCGCCCUUCGCGCGGUGGUGGAAGCCCUUCCCCGUCCCGUGCCAGGUGCUAUGCAAGGCAAAGAGGUGAACGAGGCCUAUGGCAGCGUCAGCAGGGUUCUUAUUCCUCGCUUUCUUGGCCAUCCAAGUCCCGCCAGCAGGCCUACGACAGGCUUGCUUAACCUCGAGGAUCCUAACUCCGAUGCUGUCGAUGUGCUUAUCGAGCUGGUGAGGUGCUUCGGCCCCAUUCUCCAGUCCUUCGAGAUCGAGGCUCUGCAUAGCGCUGUCGUCACAAUCUUGGAUAAGGACCGAGGCAACUCUGUUGUUAAGAAGCGAGCCGUCGUUGCCCUCUCCAUGCUCGCUCAUUAUCUCCCUGAUGAACUCCUUGCUGACUUCAUCGGGAGGAGUGUCGAGGUUCUUUCGAGUGACAACAUCAAGGAUCAGACUCGCCGCCUUUACAUCACUGUUCUAGGCUCCAUGGCUCGCUCGAUCCCUUAUCGGUUCGGCCGCUUCAUUCCCACUCUCGUCCCUCAUCUGCUUCAGGUUCUUAGCGAAGAUAACCUCCAAGCUCAUCUUGAUGAAUACAAUGAGAACGGAGCUGGCGCUUUCGACUUCAACGAAAUUCAAGAGUCGGCCCUGGUUACCCUUGAGGCUUUCCUCUCUUCAUGCCCAAUCCCCAUGCGCGACUACACCUUGGAUGCCAUCGAGGCUUGCAAUCGUUAUCUGAAAUUCGAUCCCAACUAUGCAUUCAAUGAUGAGGAUGAGGUCAUGGAAGACGAAGAAGAAGAGGAUGAGUUCGAUGAAGAUGAUGAAUACGAGGAUGCUGGAACCUUUGACGAUGAUGACGACUCUAGCUGGAAGGUUCGUCGCGCUGCUGCUAAGGGCCUACAUGCCAUUAUCUCGACGAGGAGCAGUGGCGACCUUCUCGAGAGUGGCGUUCUUUACCAGAGGGUGGGUUCAGCUCUGGUCAAGCAGCUGAACGAGAGAGAGGAAAAUGUGCGCCUGGAAGUUUUGUCGGCACUAUCAUUGCUUGUCCGCAAGACUGGCGAAGGGGUGGUGCCCGAUCUCUCUGGGGACAGCUCUCAGAGUGAGUUCAUCAGCAUUAGCCAACCUCCUCCGAGCAGGAAGCGCCGCCGUCAAAGCAGCGUGGCUGGCGCGACCACUUUUGCCUCCGAGACUGCGGCCUUGGACUUGUUUGCUGCUGGUUUAGCUUCUCCUACAUCUGUCAAUGCCCCGUCAACUGGCCCUCGUGCUGACCUGGCCGCUCUCACUCCUGCUAUUAUCAAGUCCCUGACGAAGUGGCUCAAGAGCAAACUGAUUCCUACCAAGCAGGCAUGUAUCAACUUGUUGGAUGACUUGGUUGCUGUUCAGAGGGGUGGGCUGGCCUCAUACUUCGACCAAAUCAUCGAGCCCAUCAUCGAUGCGGUCAAGACUUCAGCUGGAUCAGCUUCUAGUGGUCUAACCUCCACUGCUGGCAAUGCCUCGGCCACUGCAGUUACUCUGAGAAUUGCGGCGCUCCGUCUUAUAGGCGACAUUGUGAAGCAUCACUCUUCCUCCGUGCUACAACCCUACCUUUCCAAGAUUGUUGUUGCAGUGGUUUCCGUUGCGCACGAUCGCUUCUAUAAGAUCUCGGGCGAGGCCAUUCAGACGGCUGAGGAGCUUACCAAGGUCAUUACUCCGCCGCGCGCCCGUAUGACAUCUCAGAAGUUCGAGGGCGAUCUUCAAAAGAUCUACGAGGUUGUCAUUGACCGAACGACAGCGAAUGAUGCCGAUGCUGAAGUGCGCCAGAAGGCAAUCCAUGCGCUUGGAACGCUGUUGGCCCGAACUAGUGGCACGGAUGGUUCGUCUCUUCUGCCCGCAGACAAGCGUAAGGCAGCCUUUGACUGCUUGCUGGAGCGGAUUAAGAAUGAGACUACCAGACUGUUUGCUGUUCGUGCGGUUGAUACUGCGGCCGCCGUGUCGCAGGACACAGCUCAGUUUGACUCUCAGUGGGUUCGUGAGGUGGUUGUUGAGCUGGCUGCUCAGCUUCGGAAGUCUAAUCGUGCCUUGAGGGGCUCCAGCGUGAUGGCCUUAAAGCACCUCAUCCUUUCUCCGGGGUCCAAAGGCACGCUCGACCAAGUGACUGUGCAGAAUGUUGUUGGUGCUUCAAUUCCUGUUAUUACAAACAAUGAUGCCCAACUCCUUGGACCGGGCCUUCUCGUGCUCGCCCAUCUUGUUUUGGAGAUGCCGGCUGUUGUCAUGACUCCGCAACUCAUCAGCGCACUUUGCCAUCUGCUGCAUGGAACCAUUUCUGGUUCUGUCCUCGAGUCACUGCUCGUCCUGGUUACCAACGCUGGUCGGGCUGGCCAAGGAGGACCUCUUAUGAAGGCGCUUCUCAAGGAGGUUGGUGUUGCCGGCGACCCUGCUGUUGUCGGCAAGGUCAUCGGAACGCUGCUGGUGGCCAGCGAUAGCACUGCUGGAGUGACUCUGGAUAGCUUCGUAAAGGAGAUUGAGACUAGCGCAGGUGACCAAGCCCGAGCCAGUCUUGCUCUCUCUGUUAUCGGUGAGGCAGGUCUGCGUCUUGGAACCAAGUUCCCCAUUCUGCCGAGUCUCUUCCUGAAGCAGUUCUCCCAUGAUUAUGACAAAGUUUCGGUCGCUGCCGCCGUCGCUCUUGGACGGGCUGGCGCAGGCAAUAUCGCCACCUACCUUCCCGCCAUUCUUGACGCUAUGAACCAGGAGGGCGGCAAGCAGUACUUGCUGCUGCAGUCAAUCAAAGAGAUCCUGCAGCAGGCCUCCUUGAACUCGACCGAUCUUGGCCAGUAUUCAGCUGCCACAUGGGACCAGAUCCUCGCUGCCACUAAUAAGGACGACAACAAGGCCGUUGCGGCUGAGUGCAUCGGUCGGAUGGCGAUCAUUGAUCCUAAGACGUACAUGUCGAAGUUGGAGGGUCUGCUCAAGAAUCAGUCGUCUGUUUUGAGGGCUAUUGCUGUCCAGGCCCUUCGAUACACUCUUCCUGAUGAUAACGAGGUCUUUGAUGCCUUCCUCAAGAAGCAUCUUGUUGACAUGCUCAAGACGGCUCUUGCGGACCGCGAAAUGGAGAUCCGUCGCCACGCCAUGUCGACUCUCACGUCGGCCGCUCAUAACAAGCCCGAGCUCAUCCUGAGCCAGCUCAGUGAGCUAAUGCCGUUUGUAAUGGAUGAGACGGUAAAGAAGCCUGAACUUAUCCGUGAGGUCCAGCUCGGCCCAUUUAAGCACAUCAUUGAUGACGGUCUGGAAGUGAGAAAGGCUGCCUACGAGACCCUCUACGCUCUCAUGGAGACGGCCUUUUCUCGUGUCAGCAUCGUCGAUCUGUACGAGCGCAUCAUUGCCGGCCUGUCGGACGACAGCGACAUUCGCGCGCUCUGUAACCUGAUGAUCGCCAAGCUGGUCUACAUCGACCCUGACGAGACGGCUCGCCGCCUGGACGCCAUCGCCGAGGGCUUCCGCAAGACUCUGUCUCACAAGCUUAAGGAUAAUGCCGUUAAGCAGGAGAUUGAAAAACAGGAUGAGGCUAUUAAGUCAGUUCUGCGCUUGACACUGCUAUUGAGCGAUAAGCUCAAGAGCCCUGUCCUGCGCGGAGCGGGUGCGAGUGCUUCUGGCGGAGCUGGUGGUGCUGGUCAGGUGUGGCUCAGCUACCUGGAGUGGGUUAACGAUGAUUUUGCUGGACAUUUGAAGGCUCUAAGGGACGAAACUAAGGAGUUCAGCGGCCCAAGGGUCUGA